AUGAAAGGGAAGAAACCUGUGGGAUAUGAUGUUUAUCGUGAUCCUUCAUAUCAUGAGUAUGUUGAUCAAGCAAACUGCAGUUCUCAAAAAUCUUCAAAGAGGACAUGUUCACGGUUAUCCCAAACCUCAAAGAAGAAACCAUCUAAUAAGUUUACUUUACAAUUUCCAAAUCAUAUCAUACUAUUUAUUGAUGACACUGUUGAUAUUAAGAGUGAUGGAAAUUAUGGGUUUAGAGUCAUUGCAUCAUUGCAUGGAUAUGGUGAGGAUGGUUGGUCAAUGGUUCAUCGUGACUUAGAUAAUGAAAUUAGAAGUUCCAGAAGCUGUCUCUAUGAGAAGUUAUUUGGAAGUCGCUUAUCAAAAGUGAGAGAAUCCUUGUUUAUAUCAUAUUUAGGUCCUCAUCCACUAGAGAAAUGGAUGACAUUACUAGGAAUGGGUUAUGUGAUAGCAAAUCGGUAUAACGUCAUUCUUGUCUCACUGGAUUAUCCUAGUUUGACUUUUUUUCCUAUGACGAUUUCACAUCCACCUAAUGUGUCCAUUUACUGCAUUGGUUUUGUAAACAUGAAUGAGGGAUUUCCGUUGUCACCGAUCAUAUUGGAUUGGAAGAAGUAUCACACACUAGAUGUAACUUCUUGGAUGAUAGGAUUUGCUGGAUCGUUACAACAUUGGAAACACCUUACGCCCGUAGUAUCACAAUAUGUUAGAUUAUAA